UACCUGCAUGGAAAUUGACUAAAGUACAUGCUCGGAAUUCGGAUAAUCACCGUCUACCAAACCCCAUUUGUUUUCACCCUCUCUAUAUAAACUCUGUCUCUCUCUCUCUCAAUCUCAUCACUCAAAACAAUAAACCCUCUCUCUCUCUCUCUCUGCUCCCUGUCCUUCUUGUCUGAAUCUGUAACUAACAAUGUCUGAGAGACCAAGCCGUCACCAGAGAAAGCCUUCUCUGAGCGUUUUUCCGAACUCCCUCCUGGAUCUCACCGACAUAUCUGUCACAGCAAACCCUCCAUCCACCAUCCCUUCUCAGCCGCCGCGCCAUCAGAUGCCUCCGCCUACUCCAGCUGCUGCUCCUCCAGCAAACAGUGACAAGAAAGAUGACAAUGCUAGCAAGGAAGGGAACGCCUCUUCUAACUGAUUUCGUGUUUUCCUUUGCUUUUACUUAAAAAUUUAAGCCUUCUAUCAUCGCAUAAACAUUUCCCUGUCUUCAUUCUAAUAUCGCAUAAUAAAUUAAUAAUCAGUCUUUUGUAAAAUGACUUAUAUGAUAAUGAAUCAAUCGUAAUUUCUUAUUUCAAUAUGUUAAA